AGCUGAUACCAUUCAACAAUCAACCUUAAUUUCAUCCAUUUGUUCUUCCGAGGAACAGGUUCAUUCAUCUAGUUUCGAACUCGAUAGCACAGCCCGAAGAACCUCAACACCACCUCAUACUUUAUCACCUACUUUUACAGAUGGAGACUGCACUAUCGAAGAAGUGGAUGCUAACCAGCCAAUGUUACCCAGCCAACUUCGCAAACGUCAUGAGAGCAUGAAACAGCAAGCAAAGAUGAUCAUAGUUCUGAAGGCAGUGCUGAUAUUGAACAUACUGAUCUGAUCGCAACUUCCUAUCACUCUGGAGCAAUGAUUCGAGCAAAAUCGCACAGUAUGUUCGAGUCCAACCAUGUUAGCGCAGCUCAACGUGGAUUGUCAUCCUACAUAUCCAGUCUUUACAAAUAUCAAGAGAUGCCUAUCCAAGAUUGGAUCAAUAUGAAAUCAAAAAUGGAAGCAUUGGAACUGGAGAUCUCGCAUGUUAAACGAACCAAUAUGCUAUUAAAUCUGGAGCUUGAUAAAGUCAACGCCCAUCUUGCCAGGAUAACCGCCAACAAUGAUGGUGAAGAUCUGCAAGAGGAAACUAAUGGUUGGCGCAAGGAGUGUGAGUUUUUGGUUCAACAGGUGGAUUGGAUGCAUCGACAGUUGCAGGCGGCAUAUGCGAGCCAUAUGGAGCUCACGCACCCAAGAUAUGAGGCUGAAGCGACACGGGAACUUUGUGUGCAGGUCAAGGAUCUGACAGCCUCGUUGAGGAUGUGGCAGUCGGCAUUCCAACAGGCAGAGGAGAAGUAUCGACGCAAGUGUGAUGGGGAGCGUGUGUUGAAGCAAAAUCUUCGGGAACGUGAAGCACAAUUGUCAAGUCUCGUGGAAAGAUUGUCGGGAUACGAAAGUGAAUUUCAAAAGUCUCUUUCCAAUUACGAGGAAUUAAUGCGACUUUCUACUGAACUGGAGUUACUUGAAGGCAAUCGUGAUCAUACUCAUUUCAACGCGGAAGAUAGGGCAGCAAGCUCUUCGUUAGGAAAGAAUCAGCAAGGAUCAAAUAAUAUUUCUAUGCCUGUUGUGAGUAUCAUCAGGGGCGUAAGUGAUAUGCCUGGUGCUCUUCCAAAGCAAGACCAAUCACCAACUAAAUCAUCGGAAACCAUAUCUCCUUCUGCUGAGGCAACAAUAGUGGUGGAUCAACUGUCGGUAUCGAUACUCUCCUGGGUUGCUCUUCUAGCAACCUACAUGCUUUCAUGACGACAAUUAUUACUUUGUAUAUAAAUAUACCAUUUGUGUUUGCUGUUUUUAAUUGACUUAACUAUGCAAUAAAGUUGGAGUGGUGACCGCUUCAAAUGGAAAUUUGAUUA